GGUCUUCGCCCAAAUCCCCACUCACCCAGAAACCCUCACCGCCGCUGAGCACGAGCGCCGGCACACCUCCGGCCCUCCCCAUGGCGCGGCGGCGGCGGCGGCAGCGGCAGCGGCAGCAGCAGCGCUGGGAGCCGGAGCUGAACGAAGACGUCACCGCGGAGAUCCUCCUCCGCAUCCCGCCGGACGAGCCAGCGCACCUCUUCCGCGCCUCCGUCGUCUGCAAGCUCUGGCUCCGCGUCGCCUCCGACCCGGCCUUCCUCCGCCGCUACCGCGACUUCCACCGAGGUGCCCCGCUGCUCGGCUUCUUCUACAAUCCCGAUUCCUCAGGGCCCUUCCCUGGCUUCCUCUACAAUCCCGAUUCCGCAGCCUCGUGGCGGCCCCAACCGAGGCACGGCAAGGGCUGUGCUAGAUGCGUCUAUGACUGCCGCCACGGCCGCGUCCUCCUCGGAGAGAUUAGCAGGAGUAAACUUGUUGUCUGGGAUCCGUUCUCCAAUCACUGUGAGGAGCUGCAGGCGCCCAGCUCCUUGUGCCCAUUCCAAUCCAACGCCGUGGUGCUUUGCGCUGAGCCUGGCUGUAAUCACCACAGCUGCCGCGGUGGUCGGUUCCGUGUGGUCUGUUUGAGCAUCAACGAUCCUGACUGCACAACUCUCCAUGCACAUGUUUAUUCAUCGGAAUCUCGUUCCUGGAGCACACCAGCUCCCGCGCAAUUAGCCGGUAUACACUACUUCGACAUGAAGCGUGCUGCUCUUAUAGGAGAUGGAAUCUACUGCACUAUUGAUCACGGUCAUAGAAUUCUGAAGUAUGAUUUGGUCGAGCACCGUUUGUCUUUAAUCGGCAUGCCAUCCCUGUACGGAAAUGAUCCAGUCCUCAUGCAAAAUGAGGAUGGUUCGUUGGGGAUCGCUUGUGUGUUGGGUUCAAGACUUCACCUUUGGUCGACAAUGGUGAAUGCAGAGGGAGUAGCAGGAUGGGUAGAAAAGAGGGUCAUAUUGCCUGAAGGCGUUAUAUCUUUCGAAGCUAAUGUGAUUGGUUUUGCUGAGGGCGUUGAGGUUUUCUUCAUAAGCACUGUUGUUGGUGCCUUCACGUUUGAGCUGAAGUCUGGAAGGGUCAGGAAGGUAAGCGAACAUACGGGUUACUGUGGCAUCACCCCCUUCAUUAGCUUCUUCACUCCAGAUGUGGCUGGAAAGUUGUUGAUUUUCCGCGACUUUUUUGAUGCACGAUCGUGGUUGCAGCAAAUGGACAAAAUAAUUGGUGGCCAAAUUAUGAAGGGCAAGUGGACAAAUUCAUGAAGCUGACUCUGUCGAUGCUUUAAAAUGCUAAGUGUUCCGUUGGGUAGUUUGAUUUAGGGAAGUGUAAGCCACCAUGCAUGUUAUGUAUGGUGCACCUGCAUGGCUGCAUGCUUUGUACUAUCUGGUUAAGAAUUAUGAUAAUGACUAUAUGAAGAUAUUCCUGGUGCACACUUAAUCUGUCCUUGGUUAUUGUUUUUUGAUGGUUGAUGUUA